UUUGCGGGGCGGCCGCGGGGAGGAGGGCUUUAUGGAGCAGAAAAACGACAAAGCGAGAAAAAUUAUUUCCCACUCCAGAAAUUAAUGAUCAUGAGCUCUUAUUUGAUGGACUCGGGCUACAUCGAUCCGAAGUUCCCCCCGUGCGAGGAGUACUCGCAGAGCAGUUACAUCCCCGAGCCCGGCGCGGAGUUCUACGCGCGGCGGGAGCCGGGCUGCGCGCAGCACGCCCCGGCCUUCGGGGCCGCCUUCCCCGAGCGCCCCUUCGGCUGCGCGGGGCUCCGCGGAGCGGGGGGAGGCGGCGGAGGAGGAGGAGGAGGAGGAGGAGGAGGAGGGAGGCAGCAGCUGGCGGAGAAGCCGCCGCUGUGCGAGCCCCCCGGGCCGGCGGCGUGCGCGGAGCCCGAGGGGCAGCGCGGGGCCGCGGGGAAGGCGCCCGUGGUCUACCCCUGGAUGAAGAAAAUCCACGUCAGCAGCGUGAACCCCAACUUCUCGGGGGGCGAGCCCAAGCGCUCGCGCACGGCGUACACGCGGCAGCAGGUGCUGGAGCUGGAGAAGGAGUUCCACUACAACCGCUACCUGACGCGGCGGCGCC